CCGCGCGGCCCCAGUAGCCCGAGAUCGCCGCGGAUGCGGCCUCGCCCCGCGCGGCGGCCCAGGAGGCGCCUCCGCCAGGCCCUCGCUCCCCAGAGCCUGUGCAGCUGGGGGCCGCCGCUCCUCUGCCCUCUCCUGCCGCGGUUGCCAGUGAAGGGAUGUCUGCUGCCAGCUCCGCUGAAAUGAUCGAAACUCCCCCAGUCCUCAACUUCGAAGAAAUUGUUUACAAGGAGAUUGAGGUGGAAGAGGUUGUUGGAAGAGGAGCCUUUGGUGUGGUCUGCAAGGCAAAAUGGCGAGGAAAAGAUGUAGCCAUUAAACAAAUAGAAAGUGAAUCUGAAAGAAAGGCCUUCAUUGUGGAGCUUCGACAGUUGUCACGUGUGAACCAUCCUAAUAUUGUCAAGUUAUAUGGAGCCUGUCAGAAUCCAGUGUGUCUUGUUAUGGAGUAUGCUGAAGGAGGUUCUUUGUACAAUGUGCUGCAUGGUGCUGAGCCUCUGCCUUAUUAUACUGCUGCACAUGCAAUGAGUUGGUGUUUACAAUGUUCCCAAGGAGUGGCAUAUCUUCACAGCAUGAAACCAAAGGCUCUAAUUCACAGGGACCUGAAACCGCCAAACUUGCUGUUGGUAGCUGGUGGGACAGUUCUAAAAAUCUGUGACUUUGGUACAGCCUGUGAUAUUCAAACACACAUGACCAACAAUAAGGGAAGUGCUGCUUGGAUGGCACCUGAAGUUUUUGAAGGUAGCAAUUACAGUGAAAAAUGUGACGUAUUCAGUUGGGGUAUUAUUCUUUGGGAAGUAAUCACCCGUAGGAAACCUUUUGAUGAGAUUGGUGGCCCUGCUUUCCGCAUCAUGUGGGCAGUUCACAAUGGUACUCGACCACCACUGAUCAAAAAUUUACCUAAACCUAUUGAGAGUUUAAUGACUCGUUGUUGGUCUAAGGAUCCUUCACAACGACCUUCCAUGGAAGAAAUUGUCAAAAUAAUGACACAUUUGAUGCGGUACUUUCCAGGAGCUGAUGAACCUCUGCAGUAUCCUUGUCAGUAUUCAGAUGAAGGCCAAAGCAACUCUGCCACUAGUACAGGCUCGUUCAUGGACAUGACUUCUACAAACACCAGUAACAAGAGUGAUGCUAACAUGGAACCAAGUGACUUUCAAGGAACUGCUACCAAUGAUACCAUUAAACGCUUAGAAUCAAAACUGGCACAGCAAAUGAAAAAUUCAGCGAAGCAGUCGGGUGACCCUGGCCGUUUGAGUUUACCUCCGUCUCGCGGGAGCAGCGUGGAAAGCUUAUCAGAUGUUCGUGGACGACCACAGUCAACUCUUGUUUCAGGAGAAGGCAAGAGGAUGAGUGCUGACAUGUCUGAAAUAGAAGCAAGAAUUACUGGUACAUCGGCCUAUUCCAAGCCUAAACGGGGCCAUCGUAAAACUGCUUCAUUUGGCAACAUUCUGGAUGUCCCUGCAAUCAUCAUACCAGCAGGAAACGGGCAACAGAGGCGGAGAUCCAUUCAAGACCUUAGCGUUGCUGUAACAGAAUCCAAUCAGGAGAGCAGAAACAGCAGCAGGUCAUCUAGUCCUAGUGUGAGAAUGAUCACUACCCCAGGACCAACCUCUGAAAAGCCAGCUCGUAGUCUUCCAUGGACACCUGAUGAAUCUGCAGAUACCAAUGGGUCAGAUAACUCCAUCCCAAUGGCAUAUCUUACACUAGAUCACCAGUUGCAGCCUCUAGCACCAUGCCCAAACUCCAAAGAAUCUAUGGCUGUAUUUGAACAGCACUGUAAAAUGGCACAAGAAUAUAUGAAAGUUCAGACAGAAAUUGCAUUGCUGUUACAGAGAAGACAGGAGCUAAUAGCAGAACUGGACCAGGAUGAAAAAGACCAGCAAAACACUUCCCGUCUGGUACAAGAACAUAAAAAGCUUUUAGACGAAAACAAAAGUCUUUCAACUUACUACCAGCAAUGCAAAAAACAGUUAGAGGUCAUCAGAAAUCAGCAACAGAAACGACAAGGCACAUCAUGAUUCACUGGGACCUUUCAAAUCAAAAAUAUGCACAGAAAAGACUUUUGUAUUAUCCCUUAUUAUGACAGCUCAUGAGUGUUAGCCUCUUGAUGUGUUCAGAAUGCCUGUAUUUGUCUACUGCACUUAGAACGUCAUUUAUUUUCCUUUUCUUAUGGUGAACAUUCAGUUCAACAGGUUUAUUGAAUGAGGUGGGAGAACAGUGACUUGAAUUAAUCACCAGCACUCAGCUUACACAAAUACAGUGAACUGUGGCUGUACACGUGCUCAGUGUGUGAAAGCUAGCCUAACAAAAGAAUUAAAAUGGCUGCUAAAUUGUAAGAUCUUGUUUUAAUUUCUGAUGUUACCUCAAUAAGAGCAAAACAAAAACUUCUGUUUUAGAAUGGUUUUGUUCUUGUGUCUCAUCUCAAACAAAUUUACGACAGUCAUUCUCUCAUGCACCAUGCUGCAGAGCUGAUGUUGAUUGACCAGAGUAAUUCAUGAUGCGUUAGUGAUACGUUUAACCUGUAGAUUUAGUGCGUUUUUCCACAUGCAAAAUGGUAGUCAGACUGAUGCCAGGAUCACUGGUUCAGUGCUUGAUAGCACUGCAUUUUGACUAAUAUAAUUCUUGUAAUCUUGCAUUCAUAAAAUAUUUGAAGCAAAAGGCUGUAUUUUCUUUACUUUUUUGGGGUGAGGAGUGGGAUGGCAUGCAGUUUCACCUAAUCAUACUGGGCAAAAAAUUAUGAUGGUGAUUCAUUGAGCAAAGUGGGUCUCUUGUAUAAAAGGAGGAAAAAAAUCAAAAUGUGUGGAAGCAUGUGUUAACCUUUAAAGCUUUUAUGCCUGUAGCAUCUUUGGAAGCCAAUUCAGAGGGCAAAUGAAUAUAAAGUUCUAUAUAAUCAUUCCCUUCAUAUUAGUUAUUGGGAUCUUUUUGAUCCCUUAUUGAAAUGCUGAAAGGACAACGUCCGUAUUCACCAUACAUGUAAAUAAGUUUGUUUUGGAUAAAGAGCUGAGGACUUGAGUAAUUUUUAUUUAUUUUUAAAUACAAAAACAUGAUAUGAAGUAGGGAAAGCAGAUGGACGAAGCUGGUAAGAAAAUGAGAGAAAUGGCUUAGUCUGCUUUGUGAAUCCUAGUUAUUUCAGUCCUUUGAGAAUGUUCAAAGCAAGCCUGCCACAGAAUGCCUGCUGCCUUUGUGACUGAAGAGUUGCAUUUAACAGACUCAAACAAAAUAUGGAAUGGUCAGUAUCUGUAUUUGCCAUGACUAUGUGAUCAGAAAUCACCGAAAAUGGAUUGUUUGUUUGGAUUAUAAACUAACUUUCAACUGAGUCACUUUUUAAUAGAAUCCUAAACUAUUUUUACGUUUCUCAGUCUCAGGUUUUAAUAACAUUAAUCUUUUGCAAAGAUAAAAUGAAAACUUAAUCUAUUCUAUCAUCAAAAUACCAGCAAGAUGAUCAAAAGUUUGUGAUGAUUGGGCUUCAUUUCAGAUGAAUUAAUUAAUGCAGGAGUUUGUUAGUAGCGCUUGGUAAAAUACUUAGUUGUAAAAACCUCACUACUUUUCUCUUCUGCUCUUCUUCCUAUCUGAUAAAUGUUGAUAUUAUUGUGAAUGUAUAAGAAUAUCAAAGAUGAAGGAUACCUUACUGAACAGUGUCAUUCUAACUUUAAAAUAAACCUAUUAUUGGCAAGCCUUUCGGGAGUUAAAACCCUUCCCUCACUUUAUUUAAAUAAAGGAAGGGUUAUCAUUCCCGAAACCUUAGCAGAUAAUUUGAUUAGUUAGCUGAAACUGAUAUUGGGAUCAACUUAAGGGCACACAUAUUUAUAGCAAAAUAUAAUUGGCAGAGAAAAUAACUGUAGUAUUAGGAAUAGCACAAGUGAUCCAAAGCAUUGCUGUUUGCAUACAUCUGUCCAUCUACCAAAAUGGACAUAGUGCUCAGCAGCUUUUUAGCAUGUGUUUAAGCAUGAAGUAGAGGAGAAUGAAUACUAAUGCUUGACUUCAUGUGCAUGGUUAAUAAUUGCAAAAUCAUUUCCCAGGACAGUUAUUGAGGUUCUUCUGUGUCAUAGUGAAACUUGUUUAAAUAAAUUAAUAUUAACACUUCAUAUGCAAAGUCACUUUAUGGCAAAAUUUGAAUAAUGGAAGUGAAAGCAAUGCUAACUUCAUUUAAUGGUACAUAAUACAAAAGUCUAAGUUAGAACUUUGCUUAUAACCUUUUAAGUUUACAUUGAAAAGGGUCUCAGACUGUAAAAUAAGUAAUGUACACUGUGUGGAAUUCAGCUCCAUUUACUGCUUAGAUUGUGUUGCCAUUCUAAUGAUAUUUUCCAGAGAGAAUAUAGAGUUCAUGUCCUUUUGCCUUUCAACCUUCCCUUCCCUAAUUCCACCAAAAAUUUGAACGAUUUGCCCCCACUUUCUCAGUGAAGUCUUCUGUGUGGGCAAAAUCCUUGUACAUCUCCCCCCGGCAAAUCUGGAGGAUAGCAAUGGCUAUUUGAGCCAAGGAGAACUAACAAUUUAUCUUCUUGUGACUUCAGCAUUUUCAAAAGGCUUUUGUUUUUAAGUUGUUUACAAAUGUGCUUUUAUUUUUUUCUGUUAAGCUAUUUUGGAGUGUUCAGGACAUAUUUUUCAUGUCAUCUUUUACUCAGUUAAAGCUAGCCCUCUAGUUGUGGAUGUGUAACAUCUAGUUUUGUCUGGGCGCUGCCUCCUCAUUCUCAAAACGGUAACAGGUUCUGCUUUUUGUCAAAAUAUGUGUUGUGUAAGACAUUGUGUAAUGAAAGUAUGCUUCUGUAUACUGUGCAAUUUUACCAAAAAUGCUUUUUUAGGCUUUAUUUUUGUUUUUUGAUGAAAAGUUGAAGAUUGUAAUUCAAAACUUGUACAUAAAAUGGUGAAUGAUUUCAUAUGAUGUGGGAAUGAGCAGUGUGGCUUUCUGCUACAGGGGUGUAUUACAUUACCAGGAAUCAAAUUAAUAAAAGCUGAGAGACUUUAA